AAUCGGCUUACACUACAUAUACAGAAUUAAUUACCUAAAUGCCUACUAUGAUUGACAGUGGUGAGAAGGUGGCUAUUGAAGUCAUGAGAUAUUAUACGCUAUCGAAGUCAAGGAAGCUUCCGAAAAUCAACGCUUUGAGAAGUUUAAGAAGUAAAAUAUAUCUUUUACUAAUCAAUGUGAAUUCUUGUAAAAAUAUGUAUCUUUUUUGAUUAUCGUUCCAGUGGCAGCGGACUACUAUAAUAAGAACGUGAAAGCUUCAGAGCUUUGAUACUAGGACCCGACCAAGAGUCAAGAGUGGUAAGAUACGAAACGGUCUGAUGGGAUUUGACACCAGUUUCCAUCAAGAAGUCAAU